UCACUUUCAUUGAUAAACAUUAAAAAUGGAUGCCACAUUCGUGAUUAUUGGUGGUGGCAUUGCCGGUAUAUCAUGUGCUGAAAGCAUAGCAUUUCUAGAGCCAUCAGAGACAAUUAUUUUAAUAACCGCAAGUCCACUAAUCAAAGCUGUUACAAAUAUUGUACCCCUUGGGAAAUUGAUAACUCAAUUUGAUGUGGAGGAGCAUUCAAUGAAAUCUUUGAUUGACAUGUACCCAUCUAUCAAAGUUGUUCAUGACACUGUAACUCAAGUUAACAAAGAUUCAAAAAGUAUAUCUACAGAGAGUGGAAAAACAAUUACUUAUAAGAAGUUGUGCAUUUGUACUGGAGCAAGGUCAAAGCUAAUUUGUGAAAAUAAUAGUAGAGUUAUGGGAAUACGAGACACAGAAUCAGCUGAGGCCCUAGUAAACAAAUUAAAAGAUGCCAAAAGAGUUGCUGUUAUUGGUAAUGGUGGCAUUGCAACUGAAGUAGUUCACGAAAUUAGGGGUGUUGAAGUUAUGUGGAUCAUAAAAGAUAAACAUAUUUCUGCCACUUUUGUAGAUCCAGGAGCUGCAGAAUUUUUUCAAGAUAGACUAUUAAAAAAAGAGCCUUUGGAGAAAAAAGAGCCAAUGAAAAGAAUGAAGUAUACCAUAACGAGUGGAAGAUCAGAUAAAGGUGGACCAGCUCUUGGACCAGACUGGCAUGACCAAUUGAAAUUAGCUGGGUCCAAUGCCUUGCCAACAUCAGUGAAAAUUGAGUAUGAAAGUGAAGUAAUUAAAAUAUUGAAUGCUUCAGAAGUACCCAACAAUAACGAAGAAUGGCCCAUGUACAUAGAACUGAACAAUGGCAAAAUCAUAGGUUGCGAUAUAAUUGUUUCUGCUACUGGAGUUAUACCAAAUAGCAACAUAGUUGGACUAGAAACUUUAAAUAAAGGAAAUGAUGAUGGUUUUACUGUCGAUUGGAAAUUAGAGACCUCAGAAAAAGAUAUAUACGCAGCUGGUGAUGUUUGCUCUGCUAAUUGGGAAAUUGCUCAACAUUGGUUUCAAAUGAGACUUUGGACUCAAGCGCAUCAAAUGGGUCGUUAUGCCGCUAAAAGUAUGGUUUACAGCUUUAAAAAUGAGGAAUUUAUGCAAGAUUUUUGUUUUGAGCUUUUUACUCAUGUCACGAAAUUUUUUGGUUACAAAGUCGUUUUGUUGGGUCUAUAUAAUGGACAAAAAUUAAACAAUGAUUAUGAGAUUCUGCUAAGAGUUACUAAAGGUCAUGAAUAUGUUAAAAUAAUUCUUCAAAAUGGAAAAAUGCAAGGUGCAGUUCUUAUUGGUGAAACGGACUUGGAAGAAAUGUGCGAAAAUUUAAUAUUAGAUCAAUUAGAUUUGAGUAGCUAUGGUGAAGAUUUACUGAAUCCAGAAAUUGAUAUUGAGGAUUAUUUUGACUAGUUUUUAUGCUGAUUAAAAUAAAACUCAAUUUCUAUUUUACGUUUGUACAUUUACUUUACGCUAUGUGAAAUGUAAAUAAGUUUUCCUUUAUUGUUAACUAUUAAAAGUUAUUAUUGCAA